UCCCCUCCUCUCUCUCUCUCUCUCUCUCUGUAACAAACAAAUCAGCUCAACCUUGAUGCUCUCUCACUUCUUCCUUCGUUAAGGUUGACCCACUUUUUAAUUCCUUCAGCUCCCCACUUACCUCACCUGUACUGUACUCUCUCUCUUUCUCUCUCUCGGCAGGUAUGGGUUCAAAUCUUGAGACGAGGUCCCUCUUAGAUGAGCUCAAGAGUUUGGACAAGAGAGGUGGAUUCCUUGAUCUCGGUCACCCUCUCCUCAAUCGGAUUGCCCACCCCUUCGUCAAGGCUGCGGGAAUCGGAGCAGUACAAGCGGUUUGUCGCGAGGCCUAUUUCACUGCCCUUGAGGGCCUAGACACGAGCGGGGUACCGGAUGCCUCAAAGCUUGCUCGCCGACAACGCUUACCCGACCUCAAAGGAGAGACAUGUGCAAAAUCCCUUGAAGCUAUGGUGAAACAAACUGGCAAAGAAUCUAUUCAAUGGGGACUGGCUGCAGGGAUGUAUUCAGGCAUCACGUAUGGUCUGAAGGAAGCUCGAGGCUCUCACGACUGGAAAAAUAGCGCGAUCGCAGGGGCAGUAACGGGAGCAACAUUGGCUCUCACCACUGAAGACCCCUCUCACGAGCAAAUUGUGCAGUGUGCAAUCACCGGUGCGGCCCUGUCCACCGCGGCCAACCUACUCACUGGUAUAUUUUAGAGAGGACAUGGGCCUCACUCUUCUUUUUGUCUCGAUCCCUCGAUUCCCCUUUCCCUCUGUUACAUGAUGGAUGAAUGUUAGUAUUUCUCCCUCGAUUCCCCUAUCCCUCUGUUAUAUGAUGGAUGAAUGUUAGUAUUUCUCCCUCGAUUCUCCUCUCCCUCUGUUAUAUGAUGGAUGAAUGUUAGUUUUUCUCCCUCGAUUCCCCUCUCCCUCUGUUAUAUGAUGGAUGAAUGUUAGUUUUUCUUUGGGCAACUUUCCGGGGUUCAUAUGUUUUGUUUCAUUAGGCAAAGAUUCUGGCUUUUCUAAAGCAUAUGGUAAUGUCUAUUGCUGGGUUCUUUUUGA